UUCUUCUCUUUUCUUUUUUCUUCUACCAAAUCCAUCUUUCUAUCAAAACAAAAAGGAAGCACUAGUGUAAUUGGAUGUCUAGAGAAAGAGAGAGAUUGGAUGAGAUCAUUGGAAAGAAGUUAAAGAUAGAGAAUAUUGAUGCAACUUCAAAGUUACAUAUGCAACAAAUUAUGGGAAGGAGACAUAUAAUAUUGGAGCCUUCAUGCCCAAAAUUGAAUACUAUUAUACCUUGUGCUGCUUGUAAGCUUUUGAGAAGAAAAUGUGCUGAAGAAUGUCCAUUUUCUCCUUAUUUCUCUCCACAUGAACCCCAGAAAUUUGCUGCUGUUCAUAAAGUCUUUGGUGCUAGCAAUGUUUCUAAGUUGCUCAUGGAGGUGCCAGAGAGUCAGAGAGCAGAUGCAGCAAAUAGUUUGGUAUAUGAAGCAAAUGUGAGGCUAAGGGAUCCAAUAUAUGGAUGCAUGGGUGCAAUUUCAACUUUAAAUCAACAAGUUCAAUCAUUACAAGCUGAGCUUAAUGCAACAAGGGCUGAAAUUUUGAGAUAUAAAUAUAGAGAAGCAACAAAUAGUCUUAUUAUUGCAUCCAAGGGUAUUGGAGGCGCGGUGGUCGUGGCUGAUCAGGUUCCACAAGCUCCUUCCACUCCCACCCAUCCACCACGACCACCGUUGCCCCAAGAAUAUUUUGGGGCUGUUGUCCCUUCUUCUUCUUCUCCUUCUUUAACUCAAUCAGUUGUGUAUGCAAUUCCUUCUAGUGGAGCCAAUUUUAGUGUUAUCCCCAACAAUAAUAUACCCUAUUUUGACUAG